AUGAGCACCCCGCCAAAUUCCCCUCUUUCUAUCACCCCUCCCCAUUCUCCCUCUUUCUAUCAACCCGCCCCAUUCUCCCGCUUUCCAUCACCCCGCCCCAUUUUCCCUCUUUCCAUCACUUCGCCCCAUUCUCCCUCUUUCCAUCACCCCGCCACAUUCUCCCGCUUUCCAUCACCCCUCCCCAUUUUCCCUCUUUCCAUCACCCCGCCCCAUUCUCCCGCUUUCCAUCACCCCGCCCCAUUCUCCCCCUUUCUAUCACCCCUCCCCCUUCUCCCGCUUUCCAUCACCCCGCCCAAUUCUCCCUCUUUCUAUCACCCCUCCCCAUUCUCCCUCUUCCUAUCACCCCGCCCCAUUCUCCUGCUUUCCAUCACCUCGCCCCAUUUUCCCUCUUUCCAUCACCCCGCCCCAUUCUCCCUCUUUCCAUCACCCCACCACAUUCUCCCGCUUUCCAUCACCCCUCCCCAUUCUCCCUCUUUCCGUCACCCCGCCACAUUCUCCCGCUUUCCAUCACCCCUCCCCAUUCUCCCUCUUUCCGUCACCCCGCCCCAUUCUCCCGCUUUCCAUCACCCCGCUCUAUUCUCCCGCUUUCCAUCACCCCGCCCAAUUCUCCCUCUUUCCAUCACCCCUCCCCAUUCUACCUCUUUCCAUCACCCCGCCCCCCAUUCUCCCUCUUUCCAUCACCGCGCCCCAUUCUCCCGCUUUCCAUCACCCCGCCCCAUUCUCCCUCUUUCCAUCACCCCGCCUCAUUUUCCCUCUUUCCAUCACCCCGCCCCAUUCUCCCGCUUUCCAUCACCCCGCUCCAUUCUCCCUCUUUCUAUCACCCCUCCCCCUUCUCCCGCUUUCCAUCACCCCGCCCAAUUCUCCCUCUUUCUAUCACCCCUCCCCAUUCUCCCUCUUUCUAUCACCCCGCCCCAUUCUCCCGCUUUCCAUCACCCCGCCCCAUUUUCCCUCUUUCCAUCACCCCGCCCCAUUCUCCCUCUUUCCAUCACCCCGCCACAUUCUCCCGCUUUCCAUCACCCCUCCCCAUUUUCCCUCUUUCCAUCACCCCGCCCCAUUCUUCCGCUUUCCAUCACCCCGCCCCAUUCUCCCUCUUUCUAUCACCCCUCCCCCUUCUCCCGCUUUCCAUCACCCCGCCCAAUUCCCCUCUUUCUAUCACCCCUUCCCAUUCUCCCUCUUUCUAUCACCCCGCCCCAUUCUCCCGCUUUCCAUCACCCCGCCCCAUUUUCCCUCUUUCCAUCACCCCGCCCCAUUCUUCCUCUUUCCAUCACCCCGCCACAUUCUCCCGCUUUCCAUCACCCCUCCCCAUUUUCCCUCUUUCCAUCACCCCGCCCCAUUCUCCCACUUUCCAUCACCCCGCCCCAUUCUCCCUCUUUCUAUCACCCCUCCCCCUUUUCUCGCUUUCCAUCACCCCGCCCAAUUCUUCCUCUUUCUAUCACCCCUCCCCAUUCUCCCUCUUUCUAUCACCCCGCCCCAUUCUCCCGCUUUCCAUCACCCCGCCCCAUUUUCCCUCUUUCCAUCACCCCGCCCCAUUCUCCCUCUUUCCAUCACCCCGCCACAUUCUCCCGCUUUCCAUCACCCCUCUCCAUUCUCCCUCUUUCCGUCACCCCGCCCCAUUCUCCCGCUUUCCAUCACCCCGCUCCAUUCUCCCUCUUUCCGUCACCCCGCCCCAUUCUGCCGCUUCCCAUCACCCCGCCCCAUACUCCCUCUUUCCAUCACCCUGCCCCAUUCUCCCGCUUUCCAUCACCCCGCUCCUUUCUACCGCUUUCCGUCACCGUGCCCAAUUCUCCCUCUUUCCAUCACCCCUCCCCAUUCUCCCUCUUUCUAUCACCCCGCCCAAUUCUCCCUCUUUCCAUCACCCGGCCCCAUUCUCCCUCUUUCCAUCACCCCGCCCCAUUCUCCCUCUUUUCAUCACCCCGCCCCAUUCUUCCACUUUCCACCACCCCGCCCCAUUUUCCCUCUUUCCAUCACCCCGCCCCAUUCUCCCGCUUUCCAUCACCCCGCCCCAUUCUCCCUCUUUCUAUCACCCCUCCCCAUUCUCCCGCUUUCCAUCACCCCGCCCAAUUCUCUCUCUUUCUAUCACCCCUCCCCAUUCUCCCCUUUUCCAUCCCCCCGCCCCAUUCUCCCGCUUUCCAUCACCCCGCCCCAUUCUCCUUCUUUCCAUCACCCCGCCCCAUUCUCCCGCUUUCCAUCACCCCGCCCCAUUUUCCCUUUUUCCAUCACCCCGCCCCAUUCUCCCGCUUUCCAUCACCCCGCCCCAUUCUCCCUCUUUCUAUCACCCCUCCCCAUUCUCCCGCUUUCCAUCACCCCGCCCAAUUCUCCCUCUUUCUAUCAUCCCUCCCCAUUCUCCCUUUUUCCAUCACCCCGCCGCAUUCUCCCGCUUUCCAUCACCCCGCCCCAUUCUCCCUCCUUCCAUCACCCGGCCCCAUUCUCCCGCUUUCCAUGACCCCGCCCCAUUCUCCCGCUUUCCAUCACCCCGCCCCAUUCUCCCACUUCCCAUCACCCCGCCCCAUUUUCCCUCUUUCCAUCACCCCGCCCCAUUCUCCCGCUUUCCAUCACCCCGCCCCAUUCUCCCUCUUUCUAUCACCCCUCCCCAUUCUCCCGCUUUCCAUCACCCCGCCCAAUUCUCCCUCUUUCUAUCACCCCUCCCCAUUCUCCCUCUUUCUAUCACCCCGCCCCAUUCUCCCGCAUUCCAUCACCCCGCCCCAUUUUCCCUCUUUCCAUCACCCCGCCCCAUUCUCCCACUUUCCAUCACCCCGCCACAUUCUCCCGCUUUCCAUCAACCCUCCCCAUUCUCCCUCUUUCCGUCACCCCGCCCCAUUCUCCCGCUUUCCAUCACCCCGCUCCAUUCUCCCUCUUUUCGUCACCCCGCCCCAUUCUCUCGCUUUCCAUCACUCCGCCCCAUUCUCCCUCUUUCCAUCACCCCGCCCCAUUAACCCGCUUUCCUUAACCCCGCCCCAUUCUCCCGCUUUCCAUCACCCCGCUCUAUUCUCCCGCUUUCCAUCACCCCGCCUAAUUCUCCCUCUUUCCAUCACCCCUCCCCAUUCUACCUCUUUCCAUCACCCCGCCCCCCACUCUCCCUCUUUCCAUCACCCGCCCCAUUCUCCUGCUUUCCAUCACCCCGCCCCAUUCUCCCUCUUUCCAUCACCCCGCCCCAUUCUCCCGCUUUCCAUUUCCCCGCCCCAUUUUCCCUCUUUCCAUCACCCCGCCCCAUUCUCCUGCUUUCCAUCACCCCGCCCCAUUCUCCAGCUUUCCAUCACCCCGCUCCAUUCUCCCGCUUUCAAUCACCCAGCUCAAUUCUCCCUCUUUCCAUCAACCCCCCCCCCAUUCUCCCGCUUUCCUUCACCCCGCCCCAUUCUCCCUCUUUCCAUCACCCCGCCCCAUUCUCCCGCUUUCCAUCACCCCGCCCCAUUCUCCCUCUUUCCAUCACCCCGCCCCAUUUUCCCUCUUUCCAUCACCCCGCCCCAUUCUCCCGCUUUCCAUCACCCCGCCCCAUUCUCCAGCUUUCCAUCACCCCGCUCCAUUCUCCCGCUUUCAAUCACCCAGCCCAAUUCUCCCUCUUUCCAUCAACCCCCCCCCAUUCUCCCGCUUUCCAUCACCCCGCCCCAUUCUCCCUCUUUCCAUCACCCCGCCCCAUUAUCCCGCUUUCCAUCACCCCGCCCCAUUCUCCCUCUUUCCAUCACCCCGCCCCAUUUUCCCUCUUUCCAUCACCCCGCACCAUUCUCCCGGUUUUUAUCAACCCGCCCCAUUCUCCCUCUUUCUAUCACCCCUCCCCCUUCUCCUGCUUUCCAUCACCUCGCCCAAUUCUCCCUCUUUCUAUCACCCCUCCCCAUUCUCCCUCUUUCUAUCACCCCGCCCCAUUCUCCCGCUUUCCAUCACCCCGCCCCAUUUUCCCUCUUUCCAUCACCCCGCCCCAUUCUCCCUCUUUCCAUCACCCCGCCACAUUCUCCCGCUUUCCAUCACCCCUCCCCAUUCUCCCUCUUUCCAUCACCCCGCCCCAUUCUCCCACUUUCCGUCACCCCGCCCCAUUCUCCCGCUUUCCAUCACCCUGCUCCAUUCUCCCUCUUUCCGUCACCCCGCCCCAUUCUCCCGCUUUCCAUCACCCUGCCCCAUACUCCCUCUUUCCCUCACCCCGCCCCAUUCUCCCGCUUUCCAUCACCCCGCUCCUUUCUCCGGCUUUCCAUCACCCCGCCCAAUUCUCCCUCUUUCCAUCACCCCUCCCCAUUCUCCCUCUUUCCAUCACCCCACCCAAUUCUCCCUCUUUCCAUCACCCCGCCCCAUUCUCCCUCUUUCCAUCACCCCGCCCCAUUCUCCCUCUUUCCAUCACCCCGCCCCAUUCUCCCGCUUUCCAUCACCCCGCCCCAUUUUCCCUCUUUCCAUCACCCCGCCCCAUUCUCCCGCUUUCCAUCACCCCGCCCCAUUCUCCCUCUUUCUAUCACCCCUCCCUAUUCUCCCCUUUUCCACCCCCCCGCCCCAUUCUCCCGCUUUCCAUCACCCCGCCCCAUUCUCCCUCUUUCCAUCACCCCGCCCCAUUCUCCCGCUUUCCUUUACCCCGCCCCAUUCUCCCGCUUUCCAUCACCCCGCCCCAUUUUCCCUCUUUCCAUCACCACGCCCCAUUCUCCCGCUUUCCAUCACCCCGCCCAAUUCUCCCUCUUUCUAUCACCCCUCCCUAUUCUCCCCUUUUCCACCCCCCCGCCCCAUUCUCCCGCUUUCCAUCACCCCGCCCCAUUCUCCCUCUUUCCAUCACCCCGCCCCAUUCUCCCGCUUUCCUUUACCCCGCCCCAUUCUCCCGCUUUCCAUCACCCCGCCCCAUUCUCCCGCUUUCCAUCACCCCGCCCCAUUUUCCCUCUUUCCAUCACCCCGCCCCACUCUCCCGCUUUCCACCACCCAGCCCCAUUCUCCCUCUUUCUAUCACCCCUCCCCAUUCUCCCGCUUUCCAUCACCCCGCCCAAUUCUCCCUCUUUCUAUCACCCCGCCCCAUUCUCCCCCUUUCCAUCACUCCGCCCCAUUCUCCCGAUUUCCAUCACCCUUCCCCAUUCUCCCGCUUUCCAUCACCCCGCCCCAUUCUCCCUCUUUCCAUCAGCCCGCCCCAUUCUCCCUUUUUCCAUCACCCCGCCCCAUUCUCCUGCUUUCCAUCACCCCGCCCCAUUCUCCCGCUUUCCAUCACCCCGCCCUAUUCUCCUGCUUUCCAUCACCCCGCCCCAUUCUCCCGCUUUCCAUCACCCCGUCCCAUUCUCCCUCUUUUCAUCACCCCGCCCCAUUCUCCCUCUUUCCACCACCCCGCCCAAUUCUCCCGCUUUCCAUCACCCCGGCCCAUUCUCCCUAUUUCCAUAA